GACCACUGGAGGUCGAGGCCAGGCGUGCCCCAGGCCUUGGCAAUCAACAGCGCACACUCGCAGCUCGGUCUCUGUGCGGGCCUCUCCACCCCUUUCCUCCACCCGGCCUAUGGGGCUGCGGGGAGGAAGGGGCGCGCCCAUCGCCGACCCCUGCAGGGCGCGCAGUGGGUGAUUGGAGCCGGGGCCGGAUAGAGGGCGGGAAAGGGAGCCUGCCGCAAUCUUUCCCGCCCGAAAGACCCGCCCCUCCGGUGGGCCCCAGUCCCCGCCCGGCCCGCGGCCCUCCCGGCCCCUCCUAGCCGCCGCGAAGCUGGACCACAGUUGUGCCCGGCCGACCAUGCGCAGUCUCCCUCCGGCCCUGCUGCUGCAGCUGCGCCUCGCCCUGCUGGUGGCCGCGGGGGCCCCGGAGGUGCUGGUCAGCGCGCCGCGGAGCCUGGUGUGGGGGCCCGGGCUGCAGGCGGCCGUCGUCCUGCCGGUCCGCUAUUUCUACCUGCAGGCGGUCAACUCGGAGGGCCAGAACCUCACUCGCUCGCCCCCAGGUCAAACACCAUUCAAAGUAGUAGUCAAAUCUCUUUCACCCAAAGAGUUGGUCCGGAUACAUGUCCCUAAACCUUUGGACAGGAACGAUGGAACAUUUUUGAUGAGAUAUCGGAUGUAUGAAACUGUCAAUGAAGGGCUGAAGAUAGAGGUUCUUUAUGGCGAUGAACAUGUGGCUCAGUCUCCCUAUAUUUUGAAAGGACCAGUGUACCAUGAGUACUGUGAGUGUCCGGAAGAUCCUCAGGCCUGGCAGAAAACUCUUUCUUGUCCAACCAAGGAACCACAGAUCGCAAAAGAUUUUGCUUCCUUUCCCAGCAUCAAUCUCCAGCAAAUGUUAAAUGAAGUCCCCAAAAGGUUUGGGGAUGAGAGAGGUGCCAUUGUUCAUUACACGAUUCUCGAUAACCACAUUUACCGGAGAUCUUUAGGGAAAUACACAGACUUCAAGAUGUUCUCUGAUGAGAUUUUGUUAUCAUUGACAAGAAAGGUCCUUCUCCCAGAUUUAGAAUUUUAUGUUAAUCUUGGAGAUUGGCCCUUGGAGCAUCGAAAAGUCAAUGGAACCCCCAGCCCCAUACCUAUCAUUUCAUGGUGUGGCUCUCUGGAUUCAAGAGAUGUUGUCCUCCCAACCUAUGACAUCACUCACUCCACGCUUGAAGCCAUGCGGGGUGUUACAAAUGAUCUCCUCUCUAUUCAGGGAAAUACAGGGCCUUCCUGGAUCAAUAAAACAGAGAGAGCUUUCUUCAGAGGUAGAGACAGCCGAGAGGAGAGGCUUCAGUUGGUACAGCUGUCCAAAGAAAAUCCUCAGCUACUAGACGCAGGAAUUACAGGAUAUUUCUUUUUCCAAGAGAAAGAAAAGGAGCUUGGAAAAGCCAAGUUGAUGGGUUUCUUUGAUUUCUUUAAGUAUAAGUAUCAAGUAAAUGUGGAUGGGACCGUGGCUGCUUACAGAUAUCCAUAUCUCAUGCUGGGCGACAGUCUGGUUUUAAAGCAGGACUCGCCAUACUAUGAACAUUUCUACAUGGCACUAGAACCUUGGAAGCAUUAUGUUCCAAUUAAAAGAAAUCUGAGUGAUUUAUUAGAGAAAGUUAAAUGGGCUAAGGAAAAUGAUGAAGAAGCCGAGAAGAUUGCAAAAGAAGGACAGUUGAUGGCUAGGGACCUACUACAGCCACACAGGCUUUACUGCUACUAUUACGAAGUACUGCAGAAAUAUGCCGAGCGCCAGUCCAGCAAACCCGAAGUACGUGAUGGAAUGGAACUUGUUCCUCAGCCAGAAGAUAACACAGCCAUCUGCCAGUGCCACAGGAAAAAGCCUUCGAGAGAAGAGCUUUGAGUCAGCCCAGAUUCACACUCCUGUGUAUCCUGGCUACAUCUUUAAGGAAAGAUCGAAUCUAAGCUGUGAAGGACAGUACAGAAGACUUUACCAAGUGGACUAGUUCUCCUGGUGGCUUUGUAUGUAUAGAUGGAUGUAGCAGUACUGGUUGAGUAUCCCUUAUCUGAAAUGCUUAGGACCAGGAGUGUUCCAGGUUUCAGAUUUUUUCAGAUUUGGGGAUAUUUGCAUAUACAUAAUGAGAUAUCUUGGGGAUGAGAUCCAAGUUUAAACACAAAAUUCAUUUAUGUUUCAUAUAUACCUUGUUCACAUACCCUGAAGGGAAUUUUAUAUAAUAUUUUUAAUAAUUUGUGCAUGAAACAAAGUUUGUAUACAUUGAACUGUCAGAAAGCAAAGGUGUCACUAUCUUAGCGACCCAUGUGGUGUUGUCAGCACUCAAAAAGUUUUGGAUUUUGGAGUAUUUCAGAUUUUGGAUUUUUGAAUGAGGGAUGUUUGACCUGUAUUUGAACAAGCAUUACCAAAUAUCAUUGGAUAUUAAUAUCUUUUGAGUAAAAACUGGUAUUAUCAGCAUUAUAGUUUCUCUGAAAAGAAAACUUGGGGAUCAUAGCAAAUAGAGAGGCUUGCUAAAAUAUAAAUCAGCCUCUGCAAAACUGUUUACAUAUUUAUUAGUUUACAUAUUUUAUUGGUUUAUUUCUAUCCCCGUUCACUUUUUCUCUUCCACUUCCAAUUAUGAAGAGAAAAUAUUUGUUCAGGGAUUUUUCACCCCGUCACUGCAUAAUUUCUCCUCUUACAAGCUGCUUUUCGCUUUCAUUAAUAACAGCUUCCUUUUAGAAGGUCUGAUAAGGAUAUUUAAGGAAGAAGAGAAUGACUUUGUUAUUAAAGGUGGCAUGGAGACUGUGGAGGGAAUAUUUUUUAAAGCACUACUCAUAUCCUUUAAACUAAAUUUUGCCAAAGCCUGAGACAACAUUAAGGAGAAAUUGUGCCUUAAGGUAGUAAUUCCAAAUCUAUCUGAGUUGUAUACCCAUCAAAGACAAUAGAGUUAUUAACAUAGAUGAAUGUAUGCUUUAGGCAUCAUUCAUUAUCUCUAUAUCGAAUAGGUAAAAGAUAACUGUAGUCAGGUGAAGGGUGUUCAUUAUUUUCAAGCUGAAAAGGGGAUCCUUGAAAACACUGAAAACCUCUACAACAAUCUUCAGGAAGCCUGCUAUCUUGGGAUUCACUAAUAACAGGCCAAGAACAAAAACAAGCAUCCAUUCCUCACUCCACCACUUUUCUAUUUCAGUGGGUGUCAUUGCUAAGAUAGACUUUGGAAAUUCCCUCUCUCUUUUAGGACAGGGUCAGGAUUUAGGACUUACAGCCUGAAAGUUCAUUACAUACUCCUUGUAACCAUCAGUCCAAGGUUCAGUUCACUAAAGCACAUGCUCUAAAACAAGAGUUAUCCUCAUUCCCAAUUAAAAAAUAUGUACUCAUAUCCCAAUUUAAAAAUAUGCCAGUUGCAGUGGCUCAUGCCUGUAAUCCCAGCACUUUGGCAGGCCGAGGUGGACGGAUCUUUUGAGGUCAGGAGUUUGAGACCAGCCUGGCCAACAUGGUGAAACCCCAUCUCUACUAAAAAUACAAAAAUUAGCUGGGCAUGGUGGCAUUUGCCUGUAAUCCCAGCUACUCGGGAGGCUGAGGCAGGAGAAUCACUUGAACCUGGGAGGCGGAGAUUGCAGUGAGCUGACAUCACACCACUGCACUCCAGCCUGGGUGACAGUGAGACUCCAUCUCAAAAACUACAACUAAAAAUAAAAAUAUGUACUCUCCUAAUUGAGAUAUUUACUUAAUCUGGAAAACAAUGUAACUUUUUAAAGUGGUUACAUCUAUUCUUGCUGAAGAACAAUAAACAGAAUUUUUUGACUAAGCAUAACCAAAUUUCAGAACAAUCUAAUCAACACCAAGUAUCCAAGGCAAACUCUAGUACCCAUCCAUUGUGCAAAACCACAAGCGCACAAGUAUUAAAUAAGAGCAGGCUGUCCUGAGACCAUACCUAAUGAAUUUGUGUCUUAAAUAUUGUACACAGUGUUUUUGAGGCUUGUCAAAACUGGGAUUAUGGCAAGAAAGGCUGCCUGCCUCAUGCUGUUCUGCCUCGAAUUCCAGGUGCUAAUGGCUAAUGGCAUUUUAAACAUCUUAAAUUUUUAAAAAUGUAUAUUGCCUCUGCCAAACAGGCCUAAUAGUUAAAAGCAAGAUGAGACAAACGGGGCAGCUUCAGUGAGUGGAACAGGAAGGAUGUGCUUUAAAAAAAAGUGGAAUCCCUCAAAAAAUUCUACAGGGAGACAGCAGCCUUAAUCUACAUAAUUCUUCAUCUCACCAACUCAGCUGCAGCCUUUAAAGAGUUAGUGUUAAUGGCUUUCUGGUUGGUAAACAAAAAUGUAUCUAUGUGGUUGAAAGUUUGAGAGGAGAUUCACCAAUAUCUGAGGAGAAGAUGGAGUGAAGGGAAUUUUUACUUUUUGCUUUAUGCCUUUCUAUAAUAUUUAAAUUUUUUUUACUUUAAGUAUGGAUCAAAUUGCAAAAUAAAGAAAAAUACCAACCUUAGAAAAGACAAUAAAUGCACAAAAGAUAUAAAUAGGAACAGAAAAUAUUUAUAUUUUUUUCCAUUAUGCUCUUUUAAAAUCUAUGUUUAGAACUUUUUAUCUUGGGACAUAUAUGUAUACUUUUUAAAUAAAAUAAAUUUUCUAAAUAAAAAUUUGAAAA